AAUAAUGAAACUCCCUGAAAAUGGUCAUGGUGACAUUGUUGAAACAUGUCAGCAUUGGAACCGGAUCAAGGUCGGUUGAGUUAAUCGUCCAAUCAUAAACUACGUCAGAGCCGUUCAGGUUGGCCCGGAUGUCCAAUAACGAAUCUUCCUGGAAUUGGUCAUCGAGACAUUAUUGAAACAUGUCAGCUUUGAAACUCGAUCAAGGUCAGUUGAUUUGAACGGACAAUCAUAAACUGCGUCAAAGCGGUUCAGGUUGGCUAAAACUGGUAUGGGGCGGUUUGUUUGAGACUAUAUAAAAGAAGACUUUCAACAACUCUACCAAAAGGGAACAAAGAUUUUGUUCAGUUAAGAAGAUGUCUACUCUUCGCACUGCCUCUUGUAUCAUUCUUUUCAUUACUGGAGCAGCUUAUCCUGCAGCAGCAUGCGGCGGAUCGCUCACAAGAACAUAUGGCACUAUCAAGAGUCCCAACUACCCGAAUCCCUACCCACAUGGAACAAACUGCUUGUGGACGAUAACUGCUCCAAACAACUACUACAUCAAGCUCACUAUUAACGACUUCCACGUCGAAUCACACUCGAACUGCAAUUACGAUGCUCUUGAGGUGUAUGGAGGUCCAGACCCGUCGGCCCCACAGUUAGCCAAGCUUUGCCACAGUCAGACAACAACAAAAGUCCUCACAACCACUGGCAAUACCUUGUCCCUCAGAUUUAGGAGUGACGCUGGCGUGACCAUGAAGGGCUUUUCAGCCGGGUACAGGGCAUUUAGUGGAGGAUGUGGCGGUACAUUCAGCACCCCUAAUGGAGCCAUUAUGUCCAAGAACUACCCACAGGCCUAUCCCCACAGCACUGAAUGUCGCUGGCUGAUCAAAGUUGACUCUGGCCAAAGGAUUACACUCACCUUCAGGGACUGUGACGUUGAAGAUCACGAUAGCUGCGCCUAUGAUUAUGUCGCUCUCUACGAUGGGACAAGCACAUUUGCCAGUCAGCUGUUGAAGCACUGUGGAAACAGAUUACCUACUCCGACUGCGUACAGGUCAUCAUCCAACUCCAUGUUCGUGCGCAUGCGCACUGACAACUCCGAAGUGUCACGGGGGUUCAAGGCAGAGUACAGUUGCGCCUGACAGCGAUGAGGAACUGUAUUGCAUAUUAGUCCAUAUCAACAUCUUCUGGACUCAUUGCGAUGAUGUCUUUUCCUUCAUAUAUCUUUUUUUAUGCUGAUAUUACUGAUGGAGCUGAUUCUGUUUUUUAUUGCCCGUGUAUUUUACACAUGUGUACUUGUAGAUAAAGUAGAUGUAGCAUCA